ACGCGACAAUUUAAUCGAUCGGAGACGGCUUACACGAAUUGUACAAAUUGAAUUUUACGAAGAUUGACGAGGAGUAACGACGAGUAACGACGAGUAACGACGAGUAACGACGAGUAACGAUGUCUACCGACCGCGCAAAUUCCAACACACGCAUUAAAAGUUUAUAACACAACGAAGUCUCAUUAACGAACGAAGAUUGCCGAUUCGACAAACGAUUCUCGUGAAAAGGCGGUUCUCGUUUGUACGUUUAUCAUUUCCACUUGUACCUUACUGUUUUCUUCGUGUCGUUUAACGUUAGCAUCGGACCGUUUCAUGAUUAUUUACCACCACGGUGAAUUUACGCGAUAAAGCGAUACAUAUAGAGAAUAAUAUAAUGAAUGGAGAAAUAAAUAAAAUAGUAAAGGAAGAAAAGCAAAUAAAUAGAGAAACAAAGGAAUAACGGUGGAGAAAGUAGAGUGUAUUUGGUCAAAUAAUUCCACGUAUAACGGCCAGAAGUCGUGUGGGUUCUUGGAAAAUCCGACCGAGGAUGAGACUUACUCGAGUCAAGGUCUCCAAGUAUACAUAGCAGCAGAAUCGUCGAGCUCCGUGCUUUUCAGAGUUUGGUGGAAGUUGUGUGGACGAGCAACGGUCAUUUUGACGCUUGUCUAUACUUGGCUUCGCGAUUUAGAUCCUUUCCUUUUUAUUUGAUCAACGAGUUUGAUUGGCUUAACAGCAAUUAACGGCAAAUAACGGCAAACAACGGGAAAUAUUCGUUACUAGGCUUCGUACAAGCUUAAUAUUUAAUACUUCAGCUGCUGUUAAUGUCUCAGCUGUUGUAACGGUCGGUGCAACGUUCAAGUCGAACAUCUUGUUAAUUGAAAUAUCGAAUAUCUAAUUUAGUAGGGCACCAACGUCUCAUCUUUAAUCGUAAAAAGCAGCAGUUGAGUGGGAUUUUCAACGGAACGAUGUUGGGUGAAAUCGGUGAAAUUAUGCAGCGAUCAGUUUCGAGAUAUUCAAAGUGCUGUUCGUGUCCGACGCUAACGAGAAAUUUUCUUCUUUUGUGGUUGUUGUCUCUGUCAGCCGGCGUCGCUUGUUCCUUCAACAAAUGUUGCCCAUUUGGAGAAGUUUUCUCAGGGAUGUCGAAAGUGGAUUGCGUUGCGUCGCCACGUGCUCCGCAAAUCGUUGCCAGUGAUCCUACUAACAAGAACGUAACUUACGGCCAACUUCCUAUUUGCCAGAAGCCUGAAUACAUUACCACUCUGUCUCUUGAUGAAAUCAACUCGGCUGAUAUUUUACAGGUGACACUGGCGACAGGGACAAACGAAUCCACGGUGGAGAGUUUCUCCAUCACCGAACGAAACUCCUGCCUGGAAUUGAUGCCGCACUUGCGAUCGAAACGCCGGUUCGUAGUCCGUGUGUGUAAGGAGGUAGAAUACUGUCGGGACCACCGAUGUAUACAAAAAUGUUGUCCGACGGAUGCGGACGAUGGCGGCAGUUACAUUUGCCCGCACAUUGCCAAGUCGGAGAAAAAUUUCUACGAGGAAAUCUCGAAUAUUACCGGAGGAACUUGGGAUAUGACAGAAUACGGUGUGCGGCUUGGACUCGAUUGUUCUAACUUUUACGAAGAAAACAUGAACGGUACAUACGGUUUAACACCAAACGGAUUCCUCAAACUCACUCCGUCAAUCUGGUUACCACCAGACAUGUACUGCGUGGACAGUCUGGUUACCGACAACACCGACGGUUUAUUAGCUUUUAUCUGCUUCUUGAACGAUGGCGACGAUGCAGCCAGAUUGAUAAUUUCCUCUAUUCUAAUGGGAACUAGCUGUAUCUUUUUAUUUUUGACACUGAUCGUCUACCUUUCCCUACCGGUGCUUCAGAAUCUGCAUGGUAAAACUCUGAUGUGCCAUAUCGCGAGCCUUUUGGUAGGUUACCUUUGCUUGACUGUAAUACCUUGGAUAACAGUGGAAAAUGACAGUGUUACACCGUGCGGUAUAGUAGGAUACAUCAUGUUCUUCUCCAUGAUGUCGGCGUUUUCCUGGUUAAACGUCAUGUGCUUCGAUAUAUGGCAGACAUUCGGGAAAGUACACAGUAUCAGGAGUCAAAAUCACAACAAAAGAUUCCUGUUAUACGGUGUAUAUGCGUGGGGCGUGUCGAUGUUCAUCAUGUUCAUCUGUAUCCUGAGUGACCAGAUGCAUAUUCUGCCGGAGAAUUUGAGGCCUGAAUUUGGUUUAGAAAGCUGUUGGUUCAACUCGCCUAUAGGACACGCGGAAUUAAUUUUCUUCACGGCACCAGUCACCAUCCAAUUGAUAACGAAUAUAGUGUUCUUUAUUCUCACGGCGAAGGAAUGCAACAAGGUGAAAGCUGAGAUAAGCAAGGUUUCGUCUUUAGACGUUAGGAGCAAACGAUUUCACAGUGACAAAACUAAGUUCAUCAUGAACGUGAAGCUAUUUGUCGUCAUGGGUAUGUCCUGGAGCGCCGAGGUCGUCUCUAAGUUGCUGAAAACAUACACCGGAGUCCAGUACCAGGAUGAAUUAUUCUAUGUGACGGACGUGGUGAACAGUCUUCAAGGUGUUUUGAUAUUCGUUUUAUUCGUGGUGAAGCGACGAGUUCACAAAGCAUUGAAGAAACGACUAGGCUACGGUUCGAAGAAGAAACGCGAAGCCAGUUCGACGCUACAAGAUCCGUACAGAGUUGUGUCACUUCGCCUUUCUCACGAUUCUCGUCUCGUUUAUUAUCGUUUACUAUCGUUUACUAUCGUUGUCAUUUUAGUAAUUAGCAAACGUUUCUCCAACGACGAGAAAUGGAAUGUCGUAGGGGCGUGCGAAACGACUCAAAGAAAUUCGUUGCCGCCGAAAAAGGGAACGAAAAGUAUUGCAGCGAAGCAUUUGUAGAUCGCUACGUUAAGUUUCGGCAAAGUUUCAACACAAACAAGCUUGUUUCAACGUUUUGUAAGAACAAGAAUUUAUCGCGUAGUCGUAAAAAUUAAUAUCACUCGUUGUUCGCGGAGCUGUUUACAUAAAUCUGACAAAACAAACUUCUACUACCUUUUUCUAGCUUUAGUAGCUUUUCUACCGUAUAAAGCUGAUUUUCAACUAAAUUUAACGAAUCACAUAAAAUAGCAUAACCUUUAUUAGAGUCUGAUCCAUCUUGUCUAUCUUAGCAACGACAGAUAAUAUACUAGCGAAUAAUAAAUAAGAG